AUGAAAAAUGUGUAAAGAGUGUUUAAGUUUGAAUUGGAACUUAGUUUGGUGAAUGCUGAUGUGUGGUAAAUCAUUGUAUUAGCAAUUGAUGUGUAUCCUAUUAUAAUUUUAUUCACUGAAAGUAAACUGAUGUUUGUUAUAUUGCCAUGAGCACAGACCCGAGCUUCAGGGAGUGUCAAGAAAAUGAAUUCCUGUCAAUCUCGUCUAUUUAUUUUAACGAAGUUAAAGAUCUGAGGACGAAUAGUGGAGGGCAAAAAUGGAAACCACUUGAAAUGGCCAUUACUGUAUAUCCUGAAGAGAGUAUGACUGGUGACAACGAUCAUAAUCUGCAAGUUGACUUGUAUAUCAAAUGUGCUGAAAAUUAUCCAAGAACCACUCCUUUUAUCGACUUGAAAAAUCCAAAAGGCAUUUCUAAUGAGAAUUUAUCAAAACUUAAGGAACAAUUGAUAAACAAAGCCAAAGAGUCAGUUGGAAAUGAAGUUAUUUUAGACUUAAUUUGUCUCUCUCGGGCAUUCUUGUAUAAUCAUAAGAAGCCACAUUAUUAUGAGUCCUUUUUUGAAGAGAUGAUAUCAAAUAAAAACAAAAAGCAACUGGAGGAGGCUGAGGAAUUGCAAAAACGGGAAAUGGAGCUUAAACAGCAAGAACAUCAAACUCUUCUAGCAAUCCAGCAAGAGAAGCAACGCAAAAUGGAAGCGCUGAAAGACGCCAAUAGGAAGACUCGGUUUGCAGAUGAAUGCAGUUCUUUAAAUAUGAAUGCUAGUAUUGAACAACGCACAAGGAAAGGAUCUAUGACACGAAAGCGAAGUAGAAGCACUUCUUCUUGUAAAGAAAUUUGUACAGAUACUGAACUUCAAGUAGAAUGUAAAGAAAUGUUAAACAGUAAAAUUAAGUUUGAAAAUAAAAAAGAAUUCACCAUUGUGUGCGGUCGAUGCCUAGGACACAGUGAUCGUGGUUGUGCCACAUAUUCAGGAAUGGAUAAUGUUACUGGAAAUCUUACUGCGAUAAUCAAAUGGACUCUGCAGUUUAAUGUUAACCACAAACUGAAAGGAGAAGAAUGGGAGGCCUUACAAAAAGAACAAGCUGCUUAUCGCAAAAGUUUGGAAGCCAUUGAGCAGGAGUUUAAGGCAUUAAGACAAAUUAAUUUUAAGCACCUUGUUCAUUAUUUAGGAAUGUCAUAUAUUAGCAAGAAAGACAAAAUUGUCGUUUAUGUACUCCAAGAAUUUAUUCCCGGCAGCACUUUAUCGCAUAUGAGUGAUACUCUUCGCCUUACAGUGCCUCAGAUACAGCAUUAUACACGUGAAAUUCUCGAAGCAUUAAAAUGUCUACACAAUAAUUCUGUAGUUCAUAAAAAUUUGAGGGCCUCUAGCCUGUUUAUUGAUAAACAUGGUCGCAUACGAAUGGCAGAUUAUAGUUUAGAUAAAAGAUUAUAUGAUUUAUACAGAUCACUGACUAAUGAUGAAGAGAUAAAUAUUUAUCCCCCAACCAUAGGUAAAGGAGGAAAGAAAAGUGACAUUUAUCGACUAGGUGUGCUAUUAAGAUCUUUAAUUGAUCCUACAGCAAAGAUGGUACCUGUUACAAUACCAGAUGAACUAAAUCCUACUUUCAAAGAUUUCUUGCAAAAAUGCCUGUUGCAUGAUGAACAAGAGAGAUGGUCCGCAGAGCAACUUCUAGCGCAUCCUUUUCUUGCUCAUGUGUCUGCAAUUGGUAUGCUACCGAAGGAAGAUGAAAAUGAGGAUUGCAUUGAUGAUUCUCUUGAUAAUGAUGCUGCUCAGGGUUCGCGAUUAUGCAAAGAAUUCGAUAUUUUGAAAAAACUGGGGAAGGGAGGUUUUGGACAUGUCUGGAAAGUAAAAAACAAAUUAGAUUCCAGAGUAUACGCCUUGAAAAAGAUACCAUUAAAUCCAUCUAACAAACAGCUAAAUCGCAAGAUUAUGAGAGAAGUUAAACUGCUGUCAAGACUAAAUCAUGAGAAUAUUGUAAGGUACUACCAUUCCUGGAUAGAAGCAGUUUCUACUUUAGACAGAUCUGGUCAGCAGGGAAUGAAUGGCGAUGUAUCAGAAUCAGAGAAAAGUACCUUUGAAAUGACAGAAUCGUCCAUCCAGUGGAAAAUCAAUGACAAAGAUUUAUCAUCUACUGAUGAUGAAAGUUUCAUUGUCUUUGAGGAGAGUUCAAAUGCUGAUAACCAAAUGGUGAAAAACAUUGGAACUGAUGCGUGUGAGAGUUCAAGUAUAGAUCAAGAAACGUUGAAUUCCGAAAGAGACACUCCAGAAGUUAAGGUUAGGCAGUUUAUGUAUAUCCAAAUGGAGUUUUGUGAAAAGAGUACGUUAAGAACAGCGAUUGAUAAUGGUCUGCAUAAAGAUAUAUCUCUCGUGUGGCGCCUGUUUAGAGAGAUUGUUGAAGGUCUUCAUUAUAUGCACCAACAAGGUGUCAUUCAUAGAGAUCUGAAACCUGUGAAUAUUUUUCUCGAUUCAAAUGACCAUGUAAAAAUUGGAGAUUUUGGACUCGCUACUGAUGUGAUUUCGAAGUCUGCGGUUAAUGAUACAUCUUGUAUUGAUCUGGAACCCCUAUCCCGGUCAGAAGUAGUUGAUGGUACUCAAACAGGAAGAGUAGGUACAACAUUUUAUGUGGCACCCGAAAUUAUGGCUUCUGGUAAAGUGAGCUACAGUCAAAAAGUAGACAUAUACAGUUUAGGCAUAAUAUUUUUCGAAAUGUGCUAUCCUCCACCCGUUACGCUGAUGGAACGUAAUAUAAUAAUAUCUGAUCUACGGUUGAGAGAGAUUAAACUUCCAGAGAAUGCUGAUGAACUAUUGACAGAUGAAAUGAUACAACUCAUCAGAUGGCUUUUACAGCAUGAUGUCACAAAGCGGCCAAAUUCUCACGAAUUAAUAACUUCAAAAUAUAUUCCGCCAUUACUUACAGAAGAAAGUGAACUUAACAAUCUGCUACAUAAUAUAGUUUCUAAUCCACAAAGUAGAAUGUACAAACACAUGAUCAGUGCAUUAUUUGAUCAGCAAGUAGCUCCAGAGUUUGACUUCACAUAUGACAUUGAUGUUUUGAAGAGCCAGGGACUUGGAAGUAAAUCUUCUCAGACCUUUAGUUGUGUGGUAGAUGUUUUAAAUAAGAUCAUGAGACUUCAUGCUGCCGUCUAUCUUUCUGCGCCUACACUUAUGCCAAAAUCAUCUAUGAUAAACAUUAAUGAAUCUUAUGUACAAAUCAUGGAGCAUGGUGGUGGUAUUGUGACAUUGCCACACAAUCUGCGAGUGCCGUUUGCUCGUUAUAUUGCACAAAGAGAAAUUGACCAUCUGAAACGGUACUCUUUGGGAAAAGUUUAUCGGCAGCAAAAAGUGUUCGGCUGUCACCCCAGGGAACAACUUGAAUUUGCUUUUGAUAUAGUCACUCCAACUCCUAAUUCCUUUUUACCAGAUGCAGAAAUUAUUGCUGCUGUGUCUGAAAUAAUUUCCGAAUUUCCAUCACUAGAAAGCCGAAAUUAUUGUAUUCGUUUAAACCACGCAUCUUUGUUAAAAGCCAUUAUGUUGUAUUCUGAAAUUGAAGAUAGUGUUGAAAAUGAUCUGUAUGAUAUAGCAGGAGAGCAAAAGAAUAAAAGCAUUUCUAAAGCUAUGUUGGUGGAUGAGCAGAAUAAUCUGAACCUAAGCCAAAGGUCAAUAAGCAGAUUGUGCCAAUUUAUUGAAUUAGAAGAAAGUAUCGACAAAAUAACAGGUUUUCUCCAUCCUGUUACCCAAAAGAAAGGAAAAGCUUGCGUGCUUGUUAGAAAUAGCCUGAAAGAAUUGGCAAAUAUUGUGUCUCUAACUGAAGCAUUAGGUGUUAAGUUGCCUAUUUUGAUUUGUCCUGGUCUUGUGCACAAUAUUGACUUAUUCUCGGGCAUGUUCUUUCAAUGCAUUUGUGCGUUAAAAACUUCAAAAAAGAAGAAUGUGUUCAAUAUCCUUGCAGCUGGUGGUCGCUAUGAUAAGUUAAUUCAAUCCUUCAAACUGAAAUCUUUGGUGGAAAGUGGAAAAACAGUAAACCAAUCUGCUGUUGGCGUAAGUGUUGCUAUCGAAAGUAUUAUAGCAGCUGAAAAUGAAUCUCAAAUGCUUGGCAUUGCGGAUUUUCUUAUUCACUCUGAAGAUGCUGGUUUAGCUGAUAAAAAAGCAUCGUUGAUGAAAGAACUUCAGGAAUUAGGAGUUCGAGCAACUGUUUUGUAUGAUAAAAAUCUCACCUUCGAUGACGCUGAAGACUUCUGCCGCAAUCAUGGCAUACAGCAUAUUUUAAUUCUACGUAAAGAAGAACCUGGUAUUAUUAAAGUGCGUUCUGUGGACAGGGAAAAAAUUAGUGAAAAACGUAUAAUUCAGUCUGACAUAAAAGAACUUUUACCAAAGGUUUGUUCAAAAACUUUGCAAGACCCCAAAGCGGAAUAUAGCCGUUCUACAUCAACUUCGAAUUCUUUAGCAAUUAAUGUGCGCUUCCUAGCUACUGAUAAGACUCAUAACAAUAAGAAACGUGAGCAACACAUUGAGCAUAAUGUGAAGCAAACCUUACAGUCCUCCUCUAGUCGCGUUUGGGAGUUGAUACCUGUUGAUUUAAAAAUGGAAAUUGUAAAUAAUAUAAUAUCUUCUUGUGAUAUAUCUGCAAAUGUGGAUGCAAUUCAGAGGAGCUUCGAUUGUAUUAUCGGUGUAUCUGGUAAACAUAAAAAGUAUCUCUCCCAAUUAUGUGACGAAAUAUGUGAUAUAAGAACUAAGAAACCAAGUUGUGCUAUUAUUUUGUACAGCUUACAAGAUAAUAAUUUCAAAGUUCUGUUAUAGCAGUGUUUAAUGUUUUUUUUUUUCUUAGUCAUUAUAUUUUAUUUUGUGACCAAUUUGAAAUGAAUAUAUGAAUUCGAUUACAUAUCAUUUUAAGUUUGUGUAAGCUUUGCAAUUAUGUUUUUGAAAUCAGUGUUGCUUUUACCAAUUGAACUUGAAAACAGUGUUGCUUGAUUUUUCACAUUUCUUGUGCGAGAUUUUUUUUAAAAAAAAAAUUGCUCAUUUAGAAAGUGCCAAUAAUAAAAUGUACAUAGCCAAGACUUUUUUUUUUUAAUUAUCCUUGUCUUGCAAAUGAUUGUGAACCUAUUGAAUCUGGUGACUUUCCUCUUGGUUCCUUUCUCUUCCAGAUAAUAUUUUUAUAAUGAAAUAAGAAAUGUAUAUUUUUCGCGCUAAUCAUUUUUUUCCUAAUUGAUGUAGGAUUUUACUUUACGACUUCCACAUUCCCGGAUGCUAAUUCUGUUCAUGUUAAGAUACUAUGCUUUACGAUUUGACAGGAAAGAGUGAUUCUUGAGCUUUGCUUUUCGCCCUGUGUGCAAAUUUUUAGCCUUUUCAGAGUUCAUUUGGACUAUAGGACUGCUCGAGAAAAUUCAGCAUUGAAAAUUAAUCAUCAGCUUAUUUUGCAUUUUAUCAUAUUUGUUUUCUUAUUUGAAAUUUAUUGUAUUUCAUUUUAGUGAAUAUGACUUUAAAGAUUUUUCAUAUAUUAAUAUGCAAUUUAAAUUUCGAGAUACGAAAUAUUAUUUCUAUAAAAUAUUUUGUUUGCAAUUAGAGCUUAGCAAUUAAAUUAUGAGAUUUUUUCAUGCUACAGAUUGUCGUUGUUUUAUAUGUAUAAACUCAAAUUAAUUCGUUCAUAUUGUUGAUACAAAUGCAAAUUAUCUAAUUUCAAGCUUAUUAGAUAGUUUGCAUCUGUACCUAUGACUGUACUAGAAUGGAUUGUAUAAUUCGAUAUGAGAAUUAUGAUAUCUAAACAUAUUAUGUAUUCUAGGAACUCUUAUUUGAAUCGAUACAACAAUGCUUUCCCAAAACAACGUCUUUUAAUUAUGAAAUUAAAAAAUAAAACUGUAGUCAAGACAUGACACUUUCCUUGAAUAGUAGCAAUUAUCCAUCGUUUGUAUGUUUCAGAGUGAAAGCCCAGAAGUUUAAAAUCAAAACACUGUUUAAGGAGUAAAAAGGUUUUAUUAAUAUUGCCGUUAAUAUUAUUUUAAAGUGUUUCAUUUUCUCUUCUACUUUGUUAGACGAUAUCUUCUGUUUUCGGAGCAUAUGUUGUAUUUAUUCAACCCAGGCGCAGGGUAAUUGUAUUUGUUGAGGUAAUCGAGUUCUGUCAUGGGGCCAAGAACACUUAAAAAUGUAUUAUAUAGAUUUUAUUUUUAUUUUGAACGAAAAGAAUGUAUAUAAUUCCAAAAUAUGUUUGUGGUAAAAUAUGGUUUAGCAAGUAACUUGGAGAGCUUCGAUUUUGUAGUGCUAUUUAAUUAAACAUAUUUGUAACUUCAACAAAAUUCAUACAGAGAUGUAGCAAUAAAAUCCUAAAGUAUGCAUAAAAUAGAUCACUUCAUUAUCAAUGAUGAAAUAAAUAGUUACAUGUUAUGUGAUCAAAAAUAUCCGGUGCUUUUAAGUUUGCGCAUCUUUUCAGUAAGGGCGAACGAACUGUCUUUGUACUGAACCAUGUAACAUAUGUACUUUAACUUGUAUUUCGCCAUGAAGAUUUGUUCACGAGGGUAUAAAAGAGGCGGCAAAUUGACGAAGAAGGAAAGGAUUUUACCUCGCCCCGUUGCACAGAAAGCAGAUAUUAAUUUGAAAUUCUCAAUAGCAGUUGAGAAUUUCAAUUUUAUACAUUUCCGUAAAUAUAGCAUAUAUAUUUAAAAAAAUGUAACAAUUUUUUUUAAUUCUAAAUUUUUCUCGUUAUUAUGUAGAAUUUUCAAUUAAAUAAUACGAAAUUUACAGAAAAAAAUUAACUUAUUAAAGCAAAUGAAAAAUUAUAGAAAUAUCCUGCAAGAUUGAGAUCCGAUUUCUGAGCAAGCCAGUUUAAUUUUUCAAGAUCCAUCCCAGAAAUUAGCUUUGCACAGUUCGUGCUUUGUGGACAUUUCUAGCCACAUCUAUAAAAGAAAUCAUAGGAAUAAACACCUAUAUUAUAAAUUGAAAUGUAGUUAUAGCUAGACUAUACAAACCACAUCAUUAAUAGAACUUGCCAACUUUCUUUUUCAAGAAUGGCGUGCGAUCUCACCUUCCAGAAACAUUCCAAAUUCUAGUGGAUAGGUUUCCUUAUAAAAUAGAAGUUGUCAUUACAACUAAAGGUGCCCCUGCCUCCUGCUAAUAACUGACACAUUCGAAUGCUUUAAAUUUUAUUAUAAAUGAAAUCGCAUAAUGUUAGAAGUCUAAGGCUUAAGCAAAUUAUAAUUUUUUGGGUACUUAUAAUAUCUAAGAUAUUGCAAUUUUUGUUAUAAAUAAAUAUGAAAUAUUUAAUGUAUUUCUAACCUUUAAAGAAACCAACUGAAAAUUCAAUUUCAAAGAAUAAUUAAUGGGAGGCCCUUCAUAAUUUAGCUAUUCUUCGAGAGCAAUUAAGAUUUAAUUCACUACAGCAGGGAUAUCUUUCUGAAUUUUAAAUAGUAUUUGGCUGGAAUUUUUUAUAAGUUGCCCUAUAUAUAUUUGAAAUUACGAAAGGGAAAAUGCACUGUUUUUCACGCAUGCGCAGUCAAAAUGUAUUUAUUAAAAAUACUCCUUUAUCCCUGAGUAUAUCUAGAAUUCAUUUCAGAUUUUAAUAUUAUGCUUUAAUAAUACUUUUAUUCUAUAAAUUUAUUUAGUGUUUUGUUCAAAACUGCAUUUUAUAAGCAAAAAAACUUCAGAGGGGAAGAUAUUUUUUAAGUUUUAUAUCUUCUCAAACAUACAUGCUUUAUUCACAAAAAUACAUGAAAAUAUUGUCCCACAUAAAACCAUUGUUGAAAGUCUCGAUACCUGCUUUCUAUACAACGAAGUUUAUGGUUGAUCUUUUUAAUUCACUCAUUACUGAAUCUUUACGUUAAAAUACAAGUUAUAGUACAUAAUAUACAUAGUUAAAGUUCAAAAAUAUUCGGAAGAAAAAAAAAUACACAAAUCCGAAAGUGUCAGAUACUUUUGAUCACAUUAUGUUCUUAUACUUAAUAUUACAGCUGUACAACAGAUUUAGUUCUUUAAUCACGCUAGGGAAUACUAUAUUAAAGAAUAUUAUGUAUUACGUUAGAGAAUUAGUAGAAUAUUCUUUAACAUUGCAAAGUAGUUGGAUUAUUUUAGAUGCAAUACUGCAAUAUAUUUAAAUAUAUAUACAUAUAACUUUCCAAGUUAUUUUCAUGAGAAUAUUUUUUUUAAUUCAAUCGUAUAUACCCAUAAAUGUUUAGUGUAUUAUUGUUGAUUAUUUAUUUUAUUAAUAGUGAAAAAUCUGAGCCACGUGCAGUCAAAUUUCUAGUACGAUUUUGAAAGGAUUAGAGUCAAAUUGUUAAGAUGGCCCCAAGAGUCCAUGGAACAUGAUGUUUGUGAAUUCUGUGGAGUUUUUGCGUCGAAUUAUAGCUUCUCUUAAGACUUAAUUUUAAUUUAGUAGAAUUUUAGUAAUGAAGACCGAGCCAGUUCAAGAAUUCUUGGCGCCCUGUACAGAAUUAUUAUGGCGUGUUCCUCCUUUGUAUGCGUGUAUAUUUGUAUGCUUAAACCUCAAUCGGUCGAAGUAUACUGGUAUUUUUUACGAUGUAAUGUAUAUUUAAAAGGCAAUGGAAGAUUAAAAAAUCGCAUGGAGUUAAAACUGGUUAAUGGCUUACUGUUGUUUUAUAUCGCUUAGCUUUUUAGAAUCUCAGGGAUGAAGUGUGCAGACUGUAAGUAAGAAAUAAAAAUCGAUAAAUUUUUUUUCUUCUCAAGCCUAACUAUUUUUGCGACACACAGAUUUAAAUCACACAUAUAAUCAUUUUCGGACAAAAAAUGUAUAGAACAUAUCUAUAUAAUUUUUGAGUCUUUUUUUUUUUUUUAUUUUCACACGAUUGUAUAAGAUUAGUGAAGGAUUCACUCUUCAAUGAAAAACUCCAACAUCAACACUAUUUUAAUAUUUAUUCUGCUAUUAGAUCUUGGAAACAAUCGCAUUAUUCGCCAAAAGUCAUUGUGAAGGAAAAGAAAAGAACUUUAUAUCGCACUCAGUUUCGAUGUUAUCCUUUUGCUAUCUGAUGGCUUUCAUUUCUUUUCUCUAUCGCCAUAUAAAGCGCAUAAAUUCUCAAAAUUAUGAUUAGGAAUUGGCAACCGUACAUGCUCAGCGCCUUGUGCCUCUUCACAGGCUGCCCAUCUCUAGAGUCGGCCCUAUACGUGCAUUGCGAUUAAAGGGUUAAAAAUAAACCAAUAAUACAUGUCUUUUUUUUUUUUUUUUUCCCGAAUCUGUAGUUUGAACCAUUAGCACAAUUAAAUCAUGUUUUUUAUCAGUUGGAAGUUUACAAUCCUUUGUAUAUUUGACGGGUUGUUACUUAUAUUACGUAUUAGUGUUAAGUAAAGAGAAAUGAGUCACAGGUACUUAUCUCGUGUUUACUACUUGAUCUCAGAAUGCUCGUCCCUUAUCAGUUUUACUCGUUGAGUGAAUCUACUCAAUUGAUGGAAUAAAACUUCACAAAUUUUGUCAUGUAUGAAGCUUUUUUCAUUUUUAAUCUAUUAAAAAUAAAGGUGUAAAAUGUUAUCAAAUAAUGAAUACAUCAAUUUCCUUUGGUCUUAUUUGUGGGCAUUAGAUAUAGGCAUUUUUUAUUGUUUGUUUUUAGAUAAGUGUUAUGUAUGUGCGUUUUUUAAACAUUUUCCUAUUUAUUUGUUAAAAGAUUUUUCUGCCAUUUUGGGUGUCCUGCAAAAAUUGUAUUUACAAUUUUUUUUGUGUUUCCUAUACCGAAUUAUCUGGAACUUUAUAUUUUGACUUUC